AUGGCUGUUUUGGGAGACAUGUUACCCUUCUACCCUGGCCCCAAGCCCACCUUCCCGAUGGACACCACCUUGGCAGUCAUCAUCACCAUCUUCCUCACGGCACUGGUGACCUUCAUCAUCAUCCUGCCAGGCAUCCGGGGCAAGAUGAGGCUGUUCUGGCUGCUGCGGGUGGUGACCAGCUUAUUCAUCGGGGCUGUGAUCCUGGCUGUGAAUUUCAGUUCCGAGUGGUCAGUGGGCCAGGUCAGCACCAACACGUCCUAUAAGGCCUUCAGUUCCGAGUGGAUCAAGGCCGAAGUUGGGCUGCAGGUCGGGCUUCGAGGAGUGAACAUCACACUCACAGGAACCCCAGUGCAGCAGCUGAACGAGACCAUCAAUUACAACGAGGAGUUCACCUGGCGCCUGGGCGCAAGCUACGCUAAGGAGUACACAAAGGCCCUGGAGAAGGGGCUGCCGGACCCCGUGCUCUAUCUGGCCGAGAAGUUUACCCCAAACAGCCCCUGUGGCCUGCAUAGCCAGUAUCGCCUGGCAGGACACUACACUUCGGCCACUCUGUGGGUGGCUUUCCUCUGCUGGCUGCUGACCAACGUGAUGCUCUCCAUGCCUGUGCUGGUCUACGGUGGCCACAUGCUGUUGGCCACGGGCAUCUUCCAGCUGCUGGCCCUGGUCUUCUUCUCCACCACCAUGUCACUCAGCCCACACUGCCCCCUACGCCUGGGCCCCAUGGUGCUGCGUACCCACCUUGGGCCUGCCUUCUGGAUCACACUGGCUACAGGGCUGCUGUGUGUGCUGCUGGGGCUGGCUAUGGCGGCGGCCCACAGGAUGCAGCCCCACAGGCUGAAAACUUUCUUCAACCAGAGCAUGGGGGAAGGCCCUGUGCUGAACUGGAAUCCUGAGGAAGGAGGACUCCUGAGCCCUCGGUACCGCUCCACGGCUGAGAGUCCCGAGCCCCAGAACAUCCCGCUCUCAGAGGCUUCCUCUGAGGCCUGUUGCAAGGAGGAGCACCCUGAAGAACCCAACUGUGCCCUAUAAGGUUCCUCACCCCAGUGGCCACCUAGGCUUCCAGCCUGGCUCUGGACACUG